AGAGCCAACCCAAAAGGAGAAAUUGAGCUUUAUUUUUGUGUGUGUGUGUGUGUCUAUAAAACACCAUCAUUCUUAGUGUAUCAGGUAAAAUGGAGUGUUGGUGUGUGAGUAAGAAUAAAUCAUGGUUUUAUUGGUUGUUGAUAUUGAUGGCGAUUCUUAUUCUCAUGGUUUGUCGAAUACAAGGUGGUUGUAUAGAGGAGGAGAGGAACGCACUCUUAGAAAUCAAAACUUCCCUUGCUGAUUCAUAUGUUCUUGAUGUGGCCCCUCCUCUCCUGAGUUGGGUUGAUGAUGGUAGUAUUGGUGGUGAGUGUUGUGAUUGGGAGAGGGUCACGUGCAACACAACCACUGGAGAUGUAACAAAGCUGUCUCUGAGCAACAUAGUAGCUGAAGGCUGCGAUAGGAUUUGGUCGUUAAAUGUUUCUCUGUUUCUUCAUUUCAAAGAGUUAACAAGUCUCAAUUUGUCAAAGAAUUGUCUUGAUGAUGGGAUUGUGAACACAGGACUUGGAAGGUUGUCAAGUUUGAAGAAGUUGGAGAUAGUGGACCUGAGUGGUAAUAACAUUGGAAAUGACAUCUUUCGUUCAUUGGGUGCUCUGGCUUCCCUCAGAGUUUUGCAUCUCGAUGACAAUUACUUGGAAGGAUGCUUCCCUGCUCUUGGCAUGUUUUUGUUCCUUCCACCUACUUUUUUAAUUGAUUUUUUCUUUGGAGAACUUGGAGAUACUGGAUCUCUCCUACAACUAUUUUACGAAAGUCACAUGACAGAAUUAGCCGAUAUGACCAACCUGGAGGAGUUGGAUUUAAGUGAUAAUAGGUUCAAUGACACACCAAGCAUCCCAGAUUGUGCGAGGUUAUCGAGAUUGAAAAAGCUGAAGAGUAUAAUUCUUGGAUAUAACGAAUUCAACAAGAGCAUCAUUUCAUGCUUAAGUGCUCUCCCGUCCCUCAAGACUUUAGAUCUUUCAUAUAAUUUGUUGGGAGGUUCCUUUCCCAUCCAAGAGUUGUUGCAUUUGCGGGAUCUAGAAGUUCUCCGCUUGAGUGGUAAUCAUUUCAAUGGAACACUACCGAUGGAAGCUUUGAUAUCUCUCCACAAUCUCGAGGUCUUAGAUUUGAGUAAGAACUAUUUUGUUGGGAGCAUCCCGUCAACAAUACAUGCAUUUUCUUCUCUUAGAGUUGUCUCGUUCGCUUACAACAACCUCAGCGGCUUAAUACCUGAUCAUGGUUUAUGUGAGUUGAAGAACCUUCAUGAGUUAGAUCUUAGUCACAACAAGUUCCAUGGAAGCCUGCCUCAGUGUUUCAGGAGUCUAUCAUCUCUUAAGUUGUUGGAUAUUUCUUCAAACCGAUUCACGGGAAUACAUAUGUCAUCAGUGAUUGCUACUCUCACGUCUCUCGAGUACAUUGAUUUUAGUGGCAACAAAUUUGAAGGUUCAUUCUCAUUUAGCUCAUUCUCCAAUCAUACCAAUCUUGAGGUAGUUAGAUUCAUAUGUGAAAAUGGCGAGUUUGAGGUGGAAACAGAAGAGCCUACAGGUUGGAUUCCAGUCUUCCAGUUGAAAGUCCUUGUACUGUCGAGUUGCAAUAUAAAUAGGCCUAAAGGAAGUGUUGUUCCCGGGUUUCUACUUCACCAACGCAAGUUACAGGUAAUAGACCUAUCUCACAACUCCGUGGUGGGACAGUUUCCAAGUUGGUUGAUUGAAAAUAAUACAAAGCUGGAAGUCCUCAAUCUAAGGAACAACUCAGUGAGCGGAAAAAUUUGUAUGCCAUGGUAUACGAAUGCUAACACAAGGUGGUUGGACGUGUCUCAAAAUCACAUGAAUGGUGUUAUUCCGAGUGAUUUACAAAAAUUGCUUCCCAAAAUAAACUAUUUAAAUCUGUCUAGCAAUUCGUUGGAUGGCAUCAUCCCGUCUUCGAUUGGUGAUAUGAGAGAAAUAUGGGCACUGGAUCUAUCAAACAAUAAGUUCUCAGGAGAAGUUCCAAAGGGAUUGUUAACAAAUCUCUCUUACUUAAGUAUAUUGAAAUUAUCAAAGAACAGAUUGCAUGGCGAGGUACUUUCAGGAAACUCAAGCUUGGGUAACAUCGAGAGUCUUGGGUUAGAUAACAAUUAUUUCACAGGGAAAAUUGGAAAAGGGACCGUCCAGAAUCGUUAUAUGAGGAGUUUGGAUAUUAGCAAUAAUUUUUUUACAGGUAUGAUCCCCCGGGGGAUUGGCAACAUGAGUGCAUUGUCCGAAUUUGUGGUGAGAGAUAAUAGUUUGGCAGGCACGUUUCCUUGUGGAACAACUUCAUUCUCAUUUUUGGAUAUCUCACAAAAUUCUUUCUCAGGGCCCAUCUCAUCUUGCUUAAAUUUGCAAUAUAUGAUACAUCUUCAUUUGGGUUCCAACAAAUUCAACGGAUCAAUACCAGAUGUCUUUCGUAAUUUGACAGAUGUUUUGACUUUGGAUAUAGGCGACAACUUUUUGUCAGGAAAGAUUCCUAAUUUUAUCGGUGAACUAUCCAAUUUAAGGGUUCUGAUUUUGAGAAAUAAUAACUUUAGUGGUUUUAUUCCGAAGCAGUUGUGCCAAUUAAGUAACUUGAGUUUGAUAGAUUUAUCAAGUAAUUCCCUUACGAGUUCAAUACCUCGUUGCCUCCAUAAUAUUGGUAGGCCUAUUUUCCCUUCUUUCACAGAAAGAAAUAUUGGUGAAGUGGAGACUUCCUUCUACGACUAUCGGAGUGUUCUAUAUGGAGGAACUCAUGUCUACUCUAUGGCAGAAGUAUUUGAAAUAGAAGACGAAGUUCGGUAUACAACGAAAACACUUUCCCUUUCUUACAAAGGUAGGAUUCUUGAUUACAUGGUGGGAUUGGAUCUAUCCUGUAACAAAAUAACAGGUGAAAUCCCAGAAGAACUAGGGUUGUUGACUGAGAUUCACUCAUUGAACUUGUCUCACAAUCGGUUGUCUGGAUCUAUUCCAAUGCAAUUGUCAAAUCUUGAGUUGAUAGAGAGCUUGGACCUUUCUUCAAAUGGUUUGAGUGGCAAACUUCCAUCACAACUGAUUCGACUUACUUCUCUAGCCAUCUUCAAUGUUUCUUACAACAAUCUAUCAGGUAGACUCCCAGAUGUGAAAGCACAGUUUAGUACCUUUACCAAGGCGAGUUAUGAAGGGAAUCCAUUUCUUUGUGGACCACCACUCGAAAAGAAAUGCACGGCUACAUCACAAGGUACUCAUACCCUAACAAAAGAAGGCACUGAUGAUAAAUGGUAUGAUAUCGACAUGACAUUCUUUUAUGGAAGUUUUUGUACGACAUGGGUUGUGUUCUUACUGGGAUUUGGCGUGCUUCUUUACACCAAUCCUUAUUUGCGUAGAAGGUGGCUAGACUUGGUUGAAGAAUAUAUAUGUAUGCACGCCAUCACUUCUUUGAUGAUCUAGGAAGUAAGCUCUCAGAUCUAUUCUGUAAAUAAGACCUCCUUAAGAAUGUGUGAAGUUGUAUGUAUUUGAAUUUUUUUAAGUUAUAAGCAAAUGUAUAUUAAGACUCUGGCUACAAGUGUUUGUGUAUAUAUCUAUAUAUGCUAGAAAAAGGUUUGAUCAUCAAUAGCAAACAUGCAUGUGUUUGUGUAA